AUGGCAAAGGAGCCAGCAGGUGCCGUCGAUGUCGCCAAGGUGAAGUCCAAACUGCAUCAUGCUAUUAAAAUGGCGCGUGCAGCGGCCAAAAAGGCAAAACAGAUGGAGCUGCAGCGACAUGUGCGGCAUAUAAAGCAGGUUCGCACAGGAAAGGGGAAGCAAGAGGAGGAUAUGGAUGCAUUAGAAGCGUAUCUAAUGCAGCUGAAAAACAUUGAUACCCAAUGGAUUGCAGACCGCGCAUUGCUUUCCAAAUUAACGAAAAGUAAAUUAUUGCCAAAAGCAAACCGAGCUGUUUCUAUGCAGUUGGAAGACACGCUCGAAGCUACCUAUCCUCUGUAUGCUAUUGCCAAGGAGGAAGGACUUGUGCAGGAUUCAGAGUCUGCGCCAGAUGCACCGCUCAAUAAACUACAGCACCAGUUGCAAAGCGCCAAAGUCCUUGCCGAAACAGUGAACCAUAAAGUGCAGUCUAUUGUACUUUUGUUACGGCCACCAACGAUUGCAAAUAAAAAGGAGACUGAAAAAGAGCAGGCAGAACAAAAUUUGGUUAUGGGGGGGAUGGGCGAGAAGAUGAGUGCGGAGUUGAGCGGUAACGAGCCCGGCGUGCCGGACAGUGGUGCAGAUUAUAGCAGUGACGACGGGUUUGACGACGAGACACAAGUCAAAAAAAGUGAGGGCAUUUUUCGUGAUCUAGAUAUGGACAUGGACGCUAUGGUGGCACCUGGAAGCGACGAUGACGACGACGACGACGACGACGACGACAAUGACAAUGACAUACCUUCCAACAGGAAACGUCUGCGUGAUAGUUCCUCCGACGAAGAGUAUGCUUCCAAUAUUCUGCCCUCGCUAGCCACUGGGUUCGUCCCCGCAAAACGUGACGAUGACUGGUCUGAUGCUGAAGCGGACUAUGCGGACAAAACCUCAACAAAAAGCGGGCCCCCGCAGACGAUGCGAAAAAACCGCCGCGGGCAACGCGAGCGACGCGCGUAA